GGGAAAGUCUUACAAGUGACAAAGAAAAUGAAGUUCCAUCAGUUCUUGGAAAUUCUUCUGCCAAUUUUUUUCAUGAAUUAAGAAAUCAGUCCAGAUCGCUGAUGUCAAGAACAACAAUGCUUGCUUCGGUAUUAUUUAAGUACAGAGAAGCUAACUCUUUGGUGGAAAACGCAGACCUCCUUUUUCCAGAUAUUAUAUCAGAGAUGAAAAACAGGAUGCCACAUUUAUUAGAGGCUAUGUGUUGUGUAGCUGUUCCUGAGAAUGGAAAGUUAUCACCAUCUAUAAUUCCAGUUCUUGCGACAUGCUAUAGUAUUUUGAUGAAACAUAAGUAUUCCAACUUAUCAGCUUUCCACAGACUUGCCAGUGCAAUUGCAGUUGAAGGGGGACUGAAUGAUACAGUAAGUUAUUAAAAUGAAUGUGCCAUAAUUACUAACCUGUCAAUUCAAAACAAGUAAUUUUGUUGGUACAUGUAGUAGGAGACACCCCCACAAUUUAUCAGUAUAG